UCCAGAUUAACUCUUUGGUCAGCCCAAACACUAUCCGUUUAUAAGAUGAGUACGCUGCCCGAGCUGCCCGAAACUUGACUGAGAAAUUACGGGCAGUCAGUCACCACCAGUACUCUCGCUCCCUCUCUCUCCCUCUCUCUGAGACCUCUGAUAUUUCUAUAUCUUGCUUUCUCUGUGUCUCUAAGAUUACGAUCGGACGGUCGGUAAUGCACGGGCUCUCUGCUGCAGAUUCCCCAAGUUUUAGAGGCUGAAACCAUCGGAUCCAGCAUCGCCGCGCGCAGAUCUUUCUUUCUGGCACUUUUAUUUUUUUUAUUAUGGAGGCGAAGCAUGGUUCAGCGGUGGCUACGCUUGGUAACGGAGCACUAAUGUGCGCCGGGGAUGCUCUAGCGACUUUGCUCCUCUCGGCUCUGCUCAAAACCCACCUCCUUGCUCCGCUUCAGGAUCCUCACAUCAAAGGAGAUCAAAACACUCAAAACCAAGACAAGCCGGUUGAUGCUGAUGGAGAUGACGGCAAUGAUGAUGAUGAUGGGGAAGAUGACAAUGAUGGUGAUGGUGGAUUUGAAGGAGGUGAAGAGGACUUGUCAUCUGAAGAUGUAGGAGAAUAUGGGAGCAACCCCAACAACAAUAAGAGUAACUCAAAGAAGGGUUCAGAUGGCGGGGCAGGUGGAGCAGAGGAGAACGGGGAAGAGGAAGAGGAUGACGAAGAAGAAGAUGGUGAUGACCAAGAUGAAGAUGAUGACGAUGAUGAUGACGACGAUGAUGAUGACGACGGUGGAGAAGAGGAUGAAGAAGUGGUAGAGGAAGAAGACAACGAGGAGGAGGAGGAUGAAGACGAGGAAGCACUCCAGCCCCCAAAGAAAAGGAAGAAGUAGACUGCAGAAGCUGUAGAGCCUCCGCCAGAAACAGUCUCUCUAUGUGAAUGUUGUCUAACAGCAUCUUAAUUUCAUAUUUUAGCUAAUGAGGAGGCCUGCUUCGGGUUGUUGUGGUUCUAUUGGUAGUCAUAUUUCUAUUGCACGACUAGAGUACUGUAUAACUAUUGAGCUGCGGCGAUGAUAAAUUUGACAAAAUGUUAUGGUUUCAGUUUAGCUACUUUCAGUCAGGUUCUAGUGUAAGAAUUUUCAAGCAA